AUGGUCAAGAUUUCACCAAGCGAAUUGUCAUCGAAAGUAGGUACGUACAUCCCACACCACUGCGUUACCAAGACGGACAGUUCGACUACAAGGCCACGUGUUGUGUUUGACGCCUCUUGCCGUACCGACAACGGCAUUGCCCUCAACCAAAUUCUCCGCGUUGGUCCGACAUUGCAAGACAAUAUAUUUACAAUAUUGCUUCGUUUUCGCACACAUCGUUAUGUUUUAAUGGCCGACAUAACGAAAAUGUACCGGCAAAUUAUGGUCGAUGAAAGAGAUGCGAAAUGGCAAUGCAUCUUAUGGCGAAAUUCUCCAAGCGAGCCGGUGACCACCUAUCAGCUACAGACAGUAACAUACGGAACUAGUUGUGCUCCGUUUUUGGCAGUGAGAUGUCUACAGCAAUUGGCUUACGACAACAUCUCCACCCACCCAAUUGGAGCUACUGUCACUCUGCGAGACUUCUAUGUCGACAAUCUGAUGACAGGGGGCGCCACAAUUGAAGAAGUCAAAGCAAUCAAAAGGGAAGUCAUCGAUUUACUCGCCAAGGGAGGGUUCCCUCUUCGAAAAUUUGCAGCAAAUCAUCAGAGCAUUAUCGACGACGUUUCAGAGACGGACAAGGAACCCGUAAUAAACGUUGAAAACAUUGCCUACAUCAAAACGUUAGGAUUAAAGUGGUCGCCUGCUACCGCUUGUUUCUUUUUUUCAUACACACCGUCUCAGAAACGGCUGCAGAAGGCCAGCAAGCGCAUGAUACUCUCGCAAAUAGCCAGCUUCUUUGACCCACUCGGCCUUAUAAACCCCAUCAUCGUCCCAUGCAAAAUAAUGAUGCAAGAAUUAUGGAAAUUGCGCUUAACCUGGGACGAAAGUGUACCUCUGGCGAUUCAAACACAAUGGGCCGAUAUAUGUAACCAACUCACCUUCAUCGAAAAAAUUCAUCUUCCAAGGUUCGUAUGUUUUAACUCUAGCACUGAAUUGCAUGCCUUUGCAGAUGCGAGUACCAAGGCUUACGGAGCGUGCGUAUAUGCUGUUUCUAACGCUGAUGGAGGCCCACAUUCAUCGCUUAUCGCGGCAAAGUCAAGAGUAGCGCCCACUAAAGAGACCACCCUGCCAAAAUUAGAAUUAUGCGCUGCUCUGUUGUUGUCAGAAUUACUGGAAUCAUUGGUAGCCACACUCACUAUUAAUGCACGCAACAUAUACUGCUGGUCUGACUCCACGAUUGCCCUGUCGUGGAUACAGGGUGAACCAUCGCGUUGGACUACAUUUGUAGCUAAUAGGGUAGCAAGAAUACAGCAGAUCACAGCGGGAUACACUUGGCGUCAUGUAUCGUCUUCGGAAAACCCUGCUGACUUAGUGUCGCGGGGAGUGACGGUGCACAACCUCAUCAACAACCAGUUGUGGUUCCACGGACCACAAUUUAUACAAUUACAACAACAGCACUGGCCUUCCAGUCCAAUGAAGGCCAUUAUUAAUAUGCCAGAGCAGCGCAAGCAACACCACACCCUUUUAGUAACGCAGGUUGAAGACAUCGUUGCUGAACACAAAUUCGUAAAUAAUUAUUUUAAGCUUCUUCGAAUAUUUGCUUACGUUCAACGUUUCCUCGACAAACUUCGCAAAUUACCAACUGAGCCUGGCGCCAUAACCACUCCGGAAUUGAACGACUCUUUGAUGCUAGUUCUUCGCUACCUUCAGCAACAAUACUUUCCUCAAGAAUACAAGGCGCUUCAGAAAGGCAGAAUAAUUCGCGUUGGGGGGAGAAUCACCAAUUCAUCACUGCCAUUCGACGCUAAGCACCCCAUUGUACUACCGAGGUCACACCCAUUCGUUCGCACUAUCAUCGAACACCUUCAUCGUCGUCAUUCGCACGCUGGGUGCCAAACGCUGCUGAGCAUCGUAAGAGACAAAUUCUGGGUCAUAAAUGCUCGCAGCAUAAUAAGGCAAGUAGUACACCGUUGUACUUUAUGUUAUCGCAAUAAGCCACAGCUUCAAGAGCAACUCAUGGGAGCGCUGCCACGGGAGCGAGUUGAACCGUCACAUCCAUUUGCGGUAACGGGCAUCGAUUAUUGUGGACCUUUUCUCAUCACACAACGCGUACGAGUCCAUCUUGAGCUUGUUCCUGACUUGACUACCAUGGCGUUCAUAGCUGCUUUAAAGCGCUUUAUCGCCCGUCGUGGUAGAUGCCAUACGAUGUUUUCCGAUAAUGCGACAAAUUUUGUACGAGCGAAUCGCGAGCUUAAAGAGAUGCUGACAUCAUUCAAAUCCCAACAACACAUCGCUGCGGUUGAGGGCUUCAUGGUUGAGGAGGGGAUAAUUUGGAAGUUUAUUCCCCCACGUUCGCCUCACUUUGGGGGGCUAUGGGAAGGCGCUGUGAAGCAAGCCAAAUUCUACCUACGUCGUACAGUUGGAACAAAUAUUCUAUGCUUCGAUGAGCUACACACGAUACCACUUAUUAUUUUCGCCUUUAUAGACAGUAAGAGCAAAAACCUUAAAAUGCCUUAUGCGACGAGUUUCAAGCCCGCAUAC